AUUUAUGCCAACCGCAGUGUUAAGAUCUCAAUCUGCUCUAGGAAUCUUGAGCCUGAUGCAGGAAAAUAAUGUUAGGAUUCAGACAUAUGCUUUGAACAAGCUCGCCCUCGUAGUUGACCAGACCUGGCCUGAGAUUUCAAACCAUUUGGACCUACUUGAUGCUUUAAGCUCUGAUGAAAGCUUUCCUGAAAGACAGUUAGCAGCAUUCGUUGCAUCGAAAGUAUUUUACCACUUACAAGAAUAUGAAUACUCUGUCAGACUUGCUCUUGAAGCUGGCCCAAGAUUUGACAUUAUGGAAAGAUCUCAAUACGUAGACACAGUCAUCUCAAAAUGCAUUGAUUUCUACAUUAAGAAAAGAGUUCAAAUCAGUGAAGGAGAUAACUCUGUCCAAAUCGACCAAAAACUUGAAGAUAUUGUCAACAAAAUGUUUGAAAGAUGCUUCUCUGAUGCAGAAUGGGACCAAGCAAUUGGAUUGGCUCUAGAAGCAAGAAGACUAGAUGUUGUCGAGAAAGCUAUCCUUCAAUCAGGAAACAUAGAAGAGAAGCUUGACUAUACUUACAAAAUCUCUGAAGAUAUCAUCGACAACAAAGAAUUCAGACUUGCUGUUUUGAAUCUUUUAGUCAAGCUUUAUGAACAACAAGGAGAAGGAAAAGUUAAUUACUUCAACUUGACAAAAUGCCAAUUCUUCUUAAGAGCUCCUGAAGCAGCUGCUAAAGUGCUUUCAAAUCUUCUUGAUAUUGACUCAGAAUACUUGAAAGCUUACCAAAUUGCCUUUGAUCUUGUAGAUACUGAAAAUCAAUCGUUCCUAAAUGAUGUUGUUGGUCUUCUAAGUGGAUCGAACAAUAGUAGAAUAAAUGCUUUAAGUGCUAUUUUGAGGAAUGAAGUGCCAAGAAAGCUGAGUCUCCAAUUCUUGAAAAAGAAUAACCAUACAGACAUGCUUAUGCUAAAGCAUCUUAUGGAGGACGUUGGAACUAAAAAUUCUAUCACUCAUGGAGCAUGUGUAUGGGCUAAUGGAAUCAUGAACUCAUUAACCACUAACGACUCUUUCUUAAGAGAAAACUUAAAUUGGGUUGCUAAAGCAACAAACUGGAAUAGAUUCAGUGCAACUGCAAGUAUUGGUAUGAUUCAUAUGGGAAAUUGCAAAGACGCUGAAGAGAUUCUCAACCCAUACAUCAACGGUACUGGACCACAAGCAUCUCCUUAUUCCACAUCUGGAGCAUACUAUGCUUAUGGAUUGAUUAAUGCUAAUCAAUAUACCCCUGAAAAAGCUGAGUUCUUAACAAAUGGGUUUAGAAAUUCAGGAAACAAUGAAAAUAUUCAACAUGGUGUUGGUCUUGGUCUUGGACUCGUCUCAAUGGCUACUAACAACGACAAUGUUUACAGAGAACUUAAGAACGUGCUGUAUAGUGAUUCUGCAGUUGCUGGAGAAGCUGCAGCUCUAGGAAUGGGUCUUGUUAGACUAGGAACAGCUAAUGAAGAAUCUAUAAGCGAAAUGAUCACAUAUGCUAAUGACACUAGCCACGAGAAGAUCAUUAGAGCAUUAGCUCUAGGACUUUCUCUAAUUAUGUAUGAGAAAGAAGAAACUGCUGACGGUCUUAUUGAGCAACUUUCACUCAGCAAAGAUGGAAUACUCAGAUAUGGAGGUAUGUUUACCAUUGGUCUUGCCUAUGCUGGAACUGGAAACAACUUUGCUAUUAAGAAACUAUUGCAUUUUGCAGUGUCAGAUGUGAUUGAUGAUGUAAGGAGAGCUGCUGUUAUUAAUCUUGGAUUUUUAUUAUUCAAGACACCAGAAAGACUUCCAGAGAUUUUAGAUCUAUUAUCUGAAAGUUACAAUCCUCAUACAAGAUAUGGUGUUGCUAUGGCUUUAGCAAUUGGAUGUGCUGGUACUGGAAUGUUGCAAACUCUUCCUAUCUUAACUAAGCUUGCAAGAGACAAUACUGCUUUCGUCAGACAAGGAGCUUUAAUUGCUAUGUCUAUCAUUUUCAUUCAAAUUGCAGAUACUUUUGAGCCUAAAGUUGCAAAGAUUAACAAACUCUACGCCAAGAUUAUCGGAACAAAGCAUGAAGAAGUUCUUGCUAAGAUGGGUGCGAUUUUAGGUACCGGAAUCCUUAAUGCUGGAGGAAGAAACACCACAAUCACUUUACAAACAAGAUCUGGUAACAACAAAAUGGCUUCGAUUAUUGGAUUAGCCCUAUUUACUCACCAUUGGUACUGGUAUCCAUGCUUACAUUUCCUCGCUUUAAGUCUCUCUCCAACAUCACUACAUGGAUUGAAUAAAGACUUAAAAGUUCCAAAAGGUUUUACUUUCAGAAGCAACAUGAGGGCAUCCGAAUUUAAAUAUCCAGAUUUUCUAAAAGAAGAAGAGAAAAAGACAAAAGAGAAAGUAGAGACAGCAGUCCUCUCAACCACAGCUAAAAAGCAGAUUAAAGAUAAAAGAAAGGCUGAAAAUGAAAAGAUGGAUGUGGACACUCCUAAACCAGAUGAAAAGAAGGAAGACACUCCUAUCAUAGAAGACGAAGAGGAGAAGAAAGAAGACAACAAAGAGGAAGAAGACAACAAUGAACCUGAACCAAUGUUUGAAGACAAAAAGAACCCAAGUAGAGUUCAAAUUCAUCAGGAGAAGUUCAUUGCUUUCUUAGAAGACAAUAGAUAUAAGCCUUUGCUUCCAGAAAGACAAGGUGGGUUCAUUAUUUUGGAAGAUUCCACACCAGAUGUUGAAGAAGAGUUCUAUGAUGAUGAAGAAAUUGAUCUAGAUGCACCAAAUCCAGGAUUAGAAGAAGAACUUGAGGUUCCUGAGCCAUUUGAUUUUGACCCAGCUCUAGAAGAUUAA